AUGGGAUGCAUAGAAAUCACCAGGGGCUGGUUAGGAAUCGCUUUGUUAUGUUUUCAANGAACAAAUUCGACAUGCUUUGAAUUUUUAUUUGGUUUAACGGAAAUUCAAACAAAAAGAACCGGUUCGGAAAAUGAACCGACUUUAAGCCGGAAGCUUAAGGAAGCUCAUGUUUUCGAGCUUCGGAAGCGGAAGCUUGAAGAAGCUCAUCUUUUUGAGAAGCCGAAGCGGAAGCUUGGAAGCUUUUUCAGAAUUUUGAGAAGCCGAAGCGGAAGCUUGGAAGCUUUUUGCGAAAAAUCGUUAAGCUUCCGACCCCUGAGGAUAUCUGAUUAUCGAAGUAGCAGCUUAUCGAAGUUUAACUGUAUUUUUAUUUAUUUUUUUUCUGUUCUGUUUGUGUCUAAUACAAAGAACAAUGGAAUGGGAUGCAUAGAAAUCACCAGGGGCUGGUUAGGAAUCGCUUUGUUAUGUUUUCAAGUGGCUUAA